AUGUCUUUUUGCACCUAUAACCUUCCUCUGAGAGUCUGGUUCCUGUUUGGCUUCUCAGAAAAAGAUUUGGAGUCGGAGUCUGCUUCUUGGGUUUUUCUUGGAUCGGUUUCUCUCCAAUUUCUGAUUCUUGUUUGGCUUCUCGAAUUCCACAUUGCUGGGUUUCUUGCUUUGGGAGCUUGGUUGGCUUCUCUAAGAGAAAACAAGCUUGAUGGAAAAGUUGCAACAGUAAUCGGCGGUGCCAGCGGCAUCGGUGAAGCAACAGCGCGUCAUUUCAUCAACCACGGUGCAUGUGCUGUAGUGAUCGCAGACAUCCAAGAUGAAAAGCAAAACGUCGCCGCAUCGAUCUGUUCAGACCGCUGCACCUACAUCCACUACGACGUAACUGACAAAGAACAAGCCAAGUCUCUGGUCGAAUCCACAGUUUCCAUGUACGGCCAUCUCGAUGUGAUGUUCAGCAAUGCUGGAAUUUUCAGCUCCGGCACCCAAACUGUCCUGGACUUCAACUUCUCGGUGUUUAACAAGCUCUUCGCCGUAAACACUCGCAGAAUGGCUGCAUGUGUGAAGCACGCAGCCCGUGCCAUGAAGGAAGGUGGGGUGAGGGGGAGCAUAUAUAGUACGGCGAGCGUGUCGGCCACUCACAGUUUAGGCUUCGGCACUAACUAUGUGAUGUCGAAGCACGCUGUUCUGGGGCUCGUGAGGUCGGCGAGCUGCAUGCUUGCCGAAGAUGGGAUAAGAGUGAACAGAGUGUUGUCGGGGACGGUGGGGACACCGUUUCUGUGUCGGAGCUUGGGAGUGGAAAUGGAGGAAAUGGAGAAGGUGGUGGAGUCGAGGUCGAAGUUGAAAGGGGUGCCGACAGAGAAAAACGUGGCUGAAACGGUGGCCUUUUUGUCGUCUGAUAAGUUGGAGUUUUUGAUUGGGGUUGAUUUGGCCGUGGACAGCUUGUAUGUUUUUCCUUUAUGA